AUGACGUCAGAGUCUGGAAAAGCCUGGACACUAGUCAUGUCUUGGGCCACACGCAACAAAGACAUGGCAGAAUUUAAAACGAAUGCAUUUUAUGUAGAUUCCCCCGUGGAUGAAAGUUUACCAAACUGGAACAGAUACCGAAUGAGUUCGAACAUGAUGAACGAGCUUAGUGCCCAGUCCACUCACUGGCGAGCGACCUGCAGUUUUCCGACCCAUGGCAUUGACUAUGUUGAUUACGUCAGAGAAAAAUUUGUAGAUUUUGACGUCAUAAAUUUUGUAGGAUCUGGUGAUUGCGAGAGUGUAGAAUACGUGAAUAUCCGUGGCCAUCAGUGUAGUGAUUGCAGUGUGCCGUGGUGGCAAAAUUCUGGCGAUGGUCUUCACACUGAUAGUUCUUAUAGCUCUUGUUCUUAUAAGCCAUUGGCACGUGGGAACGAAGAUAAUUUUGGCCACUAUGGCGAAGUAAAUUCAAAGUUCCGCUGUACUGCUGACGCAAGUGCGACAACAAACUGGUGGUUUGGUGGAAAUGUUGCAUAACAUUGCCGGAUUUAAAGAAAUUCUCAAACUUGCAAAAAUCAAACACAUUACAGCUUUUGACUGAUCACUACUGAUUUUAUAUUAAUUAUAGUUACAGUUCAUGAUCCCAAAUUUAAUUGACUUUAAAUAACGUAAACCUAAUGCUUUAUUGUAAUUCUGAAAAAGUUGAAUAAAAAGUUUAAAGUUUUGCUUCUAUUUUUAAAAUUUUAUGCUAACCAACAUGCUAAGCAUGUCGAUAUCUUGUUUAGCUCAUAUGCAAUAGUGUUAUUAGUGUGAUAAACGAAUUAAUGUUGUUUAAUUCCUUUCAUUUCAAGGGCAGUGCACAUUUUUGCUUUCAGUUUUUCACAUUUGCACGGUGAACCUUAUCCUAGCGAGGUAAGUGAUGGCAUCAUAGUGUGACUUACUCAGUAUGAUUUUAAAUUUUCGCUCUUUUCACUCCAGGCAGUCCGCCAUAAUUUUAAGAUCAGUGGUAAGAGAUAUAGUCAACACUUCUUGACUUAUCAUCACGAAAUGUUUCCCUUCACCCAGGUAUAAAUAGCCGAGUGGCAUUAGUACCCUCGUCCAAAUCACUCAAGGAGUCAAGGAUAUAAAUGUGUUGCAGUCAUUUCACAGACCGUUUUGCGUUCCCUAUCAAGCCCCCACCUACCCCGAAUCAGGGAGUUUCCUGUUUAGUUGUUAGCUGUUUCCUAGGUUUUAAUUAUAUAUUCAAUUUAAUAUCUGAUUCUAAUUUCAUUUGUUUCCAUUUCAGACAUUCCAUUACGUUCAAACAUAUUGUUUGUCUUGCGCCUGAAGUCUCAGAAAAUCAUUAAUUUAAAUUAAACCUCCCCAUUAAUAAAUUUGAAAGGCAACGUUCAGCGAGAAAGGCUGCCUUCCAGUUAAACCCAUUUUCCACCAGGCGAAUUUGUUCGCGCGAACAGUAAAAAAGUAGGAACUGAUCCAACAGUGCAGUGCGUUCGAUCGUUUUACAGAAGAUGAAAUCUCACAAAUUUAUUCAUUUUACUCAUCUUGCAAAACAUUGAUAGAUUGUAUAGAAUGGUUAAAUCUCAGUGAGAAGGCUUGUAUAAGCACAUCGAAUGUGUUUUUUUUCUGUUAUUUCAAACAAACAACCAGAAAUCGUUAUUUCACGCAUCUUAAAAAACGUUUGUUUUAAAUCAUGACAAAUUAACUCUUGUUUCUCUAGAAUCUAGAUGCUGGUUCGCUAUAAAUAGGUUGAACAAGCUGGUUUUUGAACAAUGUUCGAGAAGCGAGUGUUAUAUUUAUCGUAUUUUAUAUCAAAACAUUAACAAACAAAACAAAAAACCUAAAAUAUAAACAAAAGUUCCAGUAACAUGUGUCCUCGCAGUUUGGGCCUGGGCCCUUCCUAAAGUAGCUUGCAUAAUAUUGAACUCAGUAGACCGCGACACCCCCACAUUUUUGGCUCUGCUUUUUUGGCAUCCCGCGCAAUCAUCACGUGAUAUCUCGUACCUGUAUGUACCAACCGGUCUUGAAAAACAUACAGGCCCGCAUUCUGCCAAAGUGUAUGCCGACACUAUAUUACAAGACUUACAAGAUCGAGAUCACAUUUUCGGUAAAAGGGAAAUCAUAAGUAUUUAUGGAGCUCUAAAAUGAAGAAAUCUGGUUGAAUUGUUCCAUAUAUUUUGUUGCAUUGACCUUCGUUCGGACGUCUGUGACCUUGUUUACGUUUGAAUACAUUGACAGUUGAGUAACGAAUUUCUGGCGUUAAAUUCUAAACUACGCACCUGAUUGUUCAAUAAAAUUAGAAACCCCGGCAUUUAAUUAAUUUACCCGCCAGACUGUCAAACUGAAACUUGCAGGUUUUCACUCUCUGGCUGCAACAAAUUGCGAUCACGAGGUCCGGAAAUAUUAAUUACGAGGUUUGAAUACAUCACGUGGCGUCUCUUUGGCAUGUGGCGAGCAAAAAAAGUGGAGGUGUCACGGUACUAUACUAUACUUCUUUACAGCUAGUCAAGACUGAUGUUCAAGAAUGUUUGCGCUUACUUUCUUUGCAGUUUUUGUGCUUUUUGCGAACGAAAGCAAAGCACUAAACGCAGAAGGUAUUUGUUGCGAGGAAAUAGAAUCUUUGUUGAAGAACAAAACAACUGCAUACCAAACUGUGUGUUUGGGACGAGCGAGAAGGUUGUCGAGGAACUGUUGUAGAAAUAUCAAAAUUGAAAUCGAGAAACAUCGCCAUGCCUACAAGACGUUGUGUCCAACAGUUGCAAAACCUGUGACAACACCACCGUGAACAACAACGGCAACACCACCGUCAACAACAGCGGCAACAACAACAGCGGCAACAACAACAGCAGUAACUAGUUCACCCUCAACAGGUAUGUUUGUUUUUAACGGGUUUUUACCCUUUUGUUUAAACAAAUCCACGCGCCCUUUGCCUCACACUGAUAAUAAUAAAGAGUUAUUGCUCGUGUUCCAGGUGAGCUUGAGCCUAGGUUUCGUUGUGUUGAAAAUUUGUAGGUGGCGUUUUGGACUUCGUUGACCCAGUAAUGCAUUGCGCACUUCUGAUCCUGAUUUCGCAAUAUGGCCACUGCGAGAAAUGGCGGAAUAUAAUUAUCAAUAUUAUAAACAUCAAUAUUAUUCAAAGAAGAGCUUUGAGAAUUAUUUUACAAGAACUUAGCUAUAACGAUGCACGAGAACUUAUUAAUAUUCCAUCCUUGUAGGAACGUCGUGAGAUUUUAUGCGAACAGUUCUUUUUGAGAGAUGAGAACCUUCAAAAAUUGGAUGAAUUUUUACCUAAUAAAUCCUCUUCGGUUUAUGAUACGAGGGCAAAUUGUAAAUAUAAUAAUUAUUAUUGUAAAACAGAACGUUUUAGAAAAUCCUUCUUACCACAAAUUAUUUUGAAGCACGAGUGUACGCCUGAACCGGCGUCUUAUUCAAUGUCGUUUACACAGAGUGUGGUAACCGCUACAGAAAAACAGAACAAAUUACGGUAAAACACAACAGAAUACAAUAACGGAAGUGAAACACUCUUUGUAUUUCGACUGUAAUAACCUGUUGAUUCAAUGAGCAUUCUAUUUCUCUUAUCUAGAACCUCCUGUCAUUCGAUGUAAAACUCCUUUGGGAAUUGAAAAUGGAAAUAUAUCCGAUGUAGCUAUGACGUCAUCAACCAUCCUAGACGCCAGCUCUUUGCCACAUUUUGCUCGUCUGAGAAAUCAACUUGGUGGCUGCGCAUGGAUACCGGCGACGACUGCUGACCGUAACUCAUCGUGGCUUCAAUUGAUUUGGGGAGUCUGACAAAUGUGUCAGCGGUGGCUACCCAAGGCAAUUGUUUAGGUGACCAAUGGACAAAGUCAUACGUCAUCAUGUAUAGGGAAAAUGACGUGGACUGGAAAUAUUAUGGAGAACUGGGUAACAUUAGGGUCGGUAUUUAUAAAAUUCUUGCCCAAAUAAAAUGCAUUCACUAAUGGUUUCAUAAUUUUGUUAGGUAUUCGUUGGUAGCACCGACAGCAGCAGUGUUGUAACAAAUUAUUUCAAAUCUCCAUUUGAGGCAAGAUUCGUCAGAAUUUCUCCCAGAAGUUGGCACAAGGACGCUGCCUUGCGAAUUGAGUUGUUUACUGACAGCUGCACUCUUUCUGUAAGUUAAUAAUUAAAUCUUAGAAAAUUAAAAUGUUGGUGUCACAGACGUUUGUCAAUGUUCGUUUCAUCUCUGUAAUCAGGGUUUUUUUAUUCCUGCUGUUUGACUCGUCUCUGUCAACCCAUGCAUUUUUGCUGUUUCCUCCUGCUGAUUGCCUCAUUGGACCAAUAAAAUUAAAUAAGAUGGUCGUUAUUGGAUCUUGAAGGAGAACUUAUGAAUAACUUAAAUUCCAGUUAAUAUUUCUUCCUGUAUAGAUUAAUUGGACCGACAAAGAUGCUCUACUGUAGAGAGAACAGUGUAGAACCAAGUUCCCUGUUUAGAACUGAUAAAGCUAUCCAGUUUAAUUAAACAAAGUUAAGAUAGAGCUAUCCAGUUUAAACCAAGUUGAGAGAACUCUUUAUUUCUUUUUUCUAGCCAGUUUCUAACCAACAAGCACCACGAAGUUGUUUAGAUCAUCUGAAAAACGGUUUAAAAACCAACGGCUAUUACAACAUUUAUGACGCCAGCUCAAACCUCAUCACCGUUUACUGUGAUAUGACGUCAGAGUCUGGAAAAGCCUGGACACUAGUCAUGUCUUGGGCCACACGCAACAAAGACAUGGUAGAAUUUAAAUCAACAUUAUUAUCUGCAGAUUCCCCUGUAGAUGAAAGUUUACCAAACUGGAACAGAUACCGAAUGAGUUCGAGCAUGAUGAAUGACCUUAGUACCCAGUCCACUCACUGGCGAGCGACCUGUAGUUUUCCGACCCAUGGCGUUGACUAUGUUGAUUACGUCAGAGGAAAAUUUGUACAUUUUGACAUCAUAAAUUUUGUAGGAUCUGGUCAUUGCAAGAGAGUAGACUAUGUGAAUAUUCGUGGCCAUCAGUGUAGUGAUUGUAAUAUGUCGUGGUGGCAAACGUCUAAGGAUGGUCUUCACACUGAUAGUUCUGCAAUUUUUUGUGGUUACGAUGCAACGCAGGGGGCUGUUCGAACCGAAGAUAAUUUUGGGCUCUAUAUUGGAGUAAAUUCAAAUUUCCGCUGUACUGCCGACGCAAGUGCGACAACAAACUGGUGGUUUGGUGGAAAUGUCGCAUAA